CACGGUCGUCGCCAUCGACAAGCUGGCGAAGGGUCUGUGCCGCGUAGUAAGUGCCGCGCUUAUCCGCACCAUUGAGAGCAAUGCUCGGGCGGUAGCCAUCGGCGUCAAGGCCAUCCGCGUACUUAGUUACCACCUAGUGCCUUGGCGACGGCAGAGGGCGUCCGGGUUUUCUUUCAUUGGUGCCGAUGAAGAUUUGGUAGCCAUCGAAGGAGUCUGCGACUGAGGGAGUACCGCCAGCAGAGAUGACAAUCUGCUUCACUGCAUCUAUUGUGGCCUUGUCUUCGGCAUCCCCAGUUACAAUAGUGACGGGACCGCGGAGUGAGACCGCCCGGCCCAGCGGCGAGAUCUAUUGCGGAGGAGGCCAAACCUUGUUGACCUUUGGCGGCGGACGGCACUCGGGAGCCGCGUCGACUGGCCCAAGCCAAGAGCAAGGAGGGCGAGAACAAAGGCCCGGAGCCCGGAUCGGUAAUGGAAGUGCAUGGUCAGCCUUUUUUGUAAGAAAAGGUUGAAUGGCGGAGGAGGAAGCGCAACACACGAACUCAACGUCGGCCAGGGCACGGUUUAUGUGUUAAUUUGUUUCUUGCAUCUGAUCGUAUAUCGUCAUUCGCCGGUGGAGACAGCAUAGGAAUGACCAUGGCUAUAACUGUUACCCAUACUAUAGUCAUAACCAGAGCCCCGAUGUGGACGGGGUCUGGGGAGUCCUAUGGAGCCUCCCGGACGCAGUGUAGACAGAAGACAUGAUGGACCGGACCAGUAUUAUAUUGUGGAGGCAGAGACACCGCGAACUGGCCGCUGCUGGGACGUGUACGCUGCAACCGUUACAGUUUGCCCAGUUCCCCGUCUGCAACGUUGGUGAUGAUCGGCGAACAAGGCGAGCGGCGUAUUUACUCCGAGUCCGAGUUUUUUUAUCAGGUUUCACGGAAGGUUGUUAGUUUGCCUUGAAGUUCGCUGGCUCCGAGAAGCAGACAUUAUUCUUCAUUCCCAGCGGGGUUCAUUCUCCUUGCCCUAUAAUAAUGAUAUCCCAAGUGUUCGCGGGGUUGGCUUCCGCUUAAAUAGUCCAUGGCGAGCGAGUGCGCUAGAGUUACUGCUGUACCAAGGGACUCGCGCCUGGGACAGGGAUGACUGUCAACGAUUGAUAUGUUGAUAUGCUGAUAUGAUGGAUGAUAUGUGAAUAUUUCGGCCGAGCUCAUCAUUUUUCUUGCGGGAGAUUGGGUGGAUGAAGAAGAGUCAGUCCCUUAUCUACAAGUUAGUUUAUUUCUCCUUGAUGUAACUACUCAUAUUGCCUGAUAUAGAGCUGUCAAUACUGCUAAGAGGUUAACUCUGGCUCUGGCUCUGCCUCUACCUACAAAUGAUGUCUGCUUCCAGAAGUGACACAGUGGCGAGAGGAGCAAUGUGGUGAGCUACAAAAGUUGUCUGAAAAUAACCGGAUCGAUUUCUCCAAUUCCCCAACAUAUCCGGGAGAAUAUAACUAGAGUUCGACUUGAACUCACUGCACCUAACUACUGGAGCCACCAAAUCGGUCAAUCCCUAAAGGUGGGGGAAUGCAAGCUGCAAGUCUGCUCCAGGUCAACCAACAUCACCCCGCUAUAAACACACUUAUCAACGCCGAGCCAGAGAUCGGCAUUCCGCGCUAUAUUAAACUCGGGCUUAAUAGUGGCGCCGAUGGUGUUGCCGGCCUUAUUUCUCAGAAUCGAACCGGUGGACGGCGUGAGACACUGAGCACUUAGGUCAACAACACAACACUCGCCGAGGACGUCCGGGCUCGGAUCUGAUACCUACUACUACUGUGUAGUCAUGCACUCACUCCAUACAUGCGUCUAUUUGCAAGAGGCGCCGUGCAGAAUCAUAUCCCAUCCAUUCAGGCUGCCCAGCGCUCCACCCUCGAUAUCAAAUCAACCCCAUAUAACCGCUCGUUUGGUACCUCCAAAAGCCUUAUCUAGAUACCGACCUGGGCUUGCCGUUCUCCUCCGGGCCCUGGUUGAAUGGCCGAGCAACUAGCUUGAAAGUCGUUCUGUCUGCCGCAACUGGUGCUUGAGCUGCACCACGCCAGCGUACCACUCAUGGGAGAUGAUUUCUUCACAGGUGAUUGCAACGUGAUGAAUCUGAUGCGUCUAUGGCACACAGAGAAAGAGACUCAUGAGUGGAAGCAGAAAAAUGGCUAAACACGGAGAUACUAUUUGAAGGGAGGGAGGACAUGUCUUUUAAUUCCAAGCACAGAUCGCGCUCCUUCAAUCCCGUUUCUAACUGAAAAAAAAAGCCCAUGAGUGACGGACAUUUUGGAGAGAAGAGAGCGCUUUCCAAGCUUUAUAUUCUUGUAUUCUAUUGCCUAUAUCCUAUUUCUCCCGGAAAACAAAUCUCCUGGUGGUCACGAAGCGCUGUGCGGCUAGGAAAGUUAUGGGUUUCGGCCCGAGGCACUUUAACCUACCCCCCAAAGUGGUGUGUGCGCCGAUGAAGGCCAGAAAAGCCUUGUGAACCCAAUUGAGCCACAGCCUCAAAGGAUAUAUGGAACCCUCCACCUCAUACUUUCCUGCUGUGAUGUCGCUGUUCCCUUCCUUGGCUCUGUGGAGAGCAGACAGGCUAUUUUACAUGGUUCCCCUCACAGUUCUUAAGAAAGCUAUGUAGAGGAGAAAUCCGGUUGGAUGGAUCAAGGGUCCAGUGUUUGCGGAGAACUGCAAUCGAAGCCCUGAUUAUUACAGUUCGCCGCUACAGACUCGCCGAAGGGUAGGCAUCCUGCACCCCCAGAGCGCUCAGGCUCUCACGAACGCAGUACGACCCCAGAUCACCCUUUUUCCAAGCGCAACUGUAUCCCCUAUCCUAUACAGCGUCCCAAGCCCUAUGUCGGACGUGGUCAUAGGUGUGAGUGGAAUGACAAGUGAGUAAACGCAAGCGAAGUCAAUCUGAGACAAGAUGAUAUGGUAUCCGAACCCGUGAGGCCGUGAGGUGCUAUUUUGGCCUUGCUUUGAAAUUUAUUCUACCAUCGUGGAACCUGUGUAGUGGGGAAAAAGGGGACCGGUCUGUGGUGAAAAAAAAAAAAAAAAGCCCAACUGUCUUAUCAAGUAUUUGGUGAGUUUGAGAGAUAGAGGAAAAAGCUCUGCUGGCAUUGAAGCCUAACAGCUUCUAAGGAUUGUUUCAGCAUUGAUGCCAGGCGGCAACCUGACAGAAUGGUUCAGAACCUGCAGUAUUCUUCCGGCUCGGGUGCAUAUCAGCGCCCUUCAAUCCUGGGGGAGGGGGUAGUGGAAGCAAACAUUGACAGAAGCACGUAUCAGAAGUUCGAAGGAAGGGUGAUACCAGGGGGCGCAAUGCGACGAGCGCUUUUUGAUGCUAUGCCACACAUGGAGGGAGAGGAGGCUAGGUUAGGAGUUCAGCGUCAUAGUGGACAUGGCUGCCUCGGUGAGAGUAUUAGAAGCUACGCAUUUCAAUGUCACAAUGACCAAGGCUGGGUAGUGCAGCUUUCUCCGCUUGUCCUGUCCGGGUGAGGAUGCUUCAACACAGAGUGUAAUCGACGCUGAAGAAGCAGUGAGUGGUGUAACGGAGGCUGGUUGAACACCUGUUCCUUUAGAGUGUGAUCUGUUUCUCAGAGUACUCCAGAGGCCAUGAUAGUCUUGAUAGGAAUUAUAGUGUUCAAUAAUAGAUAUGAGACUGGAUGCUUUGAGGUAGCGCAGAUUAGCACUGGUCAUAUCUUCCUUCUCCUCUAUUCCCUGGUUGUUGUAGCGCUGAGUGCAGGCCACUUGGUUCAGCUGCCAGACAGUAUACGGGAUGAGAGAUUCUGCUCAAACUAACUUACAAUUCUGAUCUUUUACAUUAGUUACUGACAUAGUUGCAAAAUUAGGUAAUUGUAUAAUUCUUGAAAGAGAGAUGAAUUAGAAAUAUGACCUUAUGUUACUAUUAAUGAGCUUUGGUUAGUUACCUGUCAAUUAACCAGAGUAAAAACUAUGUCAACAUGUAAUAUAUUGAUUAAGAACAUUCAACAACUGAUGAUAGAUAGUUAAAUAGUGCUCAUACUCUUAGUUUGAUCUACUGCUAACUGUUAAUGUUCUUGACACAGAGUUGUAUAGAGGUAGGUAGUGUUGAAACCUCAUCAUUUCUAAGGAUGAAUGUGUCCUCUCUCACCCAAUUGUGCCCUUCACUUUUCCACACACCAUCUAGUUAUUUACUGGUGCUGCUGCCAGAGAAAAAAGUCUCAGUUUCACGGCUUAAAAUUACUCAUUCAGAAUCCUCAAAACAAGAAGCCAGGCUGCAGAAUGUGUGAAACCUGCUCUGGAGGGUCAUUCACAGACAAGGACAAACUCUUCAAGAAUGUCCAUCUUCACAAUUGCUGCCUGAUAGAACCAAUGUCAUUAGUUAGCGUCGGCGAUAGUUAUCGAACCCGCGAGUCUUCGCAGUCGAUCUGGUCGUUGAUCAUUCAUUCAAAUAUUGUUCACACUCCUUCAUAACAAAUCUUAGAUGAAAUGUCACAUCUCAUAUUCAGUAUAUUUUCCCCUGGACACCAAUAUCCUCACUAUGGCCACGCCACGGGCCCUAGUACGCCAACGCUCCUCGGCUUGCCCCCUGAGAUCCGCAGGCUCAUUUUUACCUGCUAUUUUCGAUCCGUCCGGAUACGCCAGAAGCUCACAUACCCAUAUGAAGCCGUAGAAGAUCAAUUGGCUAUUCUGCGGGUCUGCCAUCAACUCUACCACGAGUCUGAGCCACUCGUGCUUCCAAAUGUACAGCUCUUCUGCUAUAAAAACACAGAUGUGAUAAAUACUCUUACCAAGAUGAGCUCUGAACAAGUCUCACAGCUUCGGCACAUGGUAGUCCACCAUUGCCCCGUGGGAUUCAAUUUAUCUUCGAAGGAAAAGUCUACCGGCGUUUCAUCUGAUCGGAAGCACGACACCAACGACGACAACGACGACGACAACGUCGGUGAGGAUCCUGUCAGAUACUUCCAUCUUGGUGCGAUUCUUGGCCUAUUCCCGGGACUGCAGCUUGACAUCCUCGAGGUCUUUUGCGAGGUACGCGGAGGACCCUACACGGAUUUUCAAACCACGGACUGCUUCGGGUCCCUCCUUGGAGCUGAUGGUUACCGGCAGCUUUGGAUGCGUGCAAGCGAGGGCGACGGAGGGGCGUGGGUUGAUACUCCAAGUUCUUUUGAAUGGAAGGACUACAUAGCGACCAAGUUCAAGCCGUAUAAUGGAUGGGUCCGGAUGAGGCUGCCACGACAUGAAUGGAGAGAUGUGGGCAGAGAUACCCCACAGGGAGAAUUUUGGCACAGAGCUCAAGAGGCCGGGUUCACGCUCGUUAAAAAAAUCGACUCUCCAAACGAUUCUGAUGAGGAUGGGCAAAGUAUGUAUGGACACAGGAGCGAGGAUGUAGCCGAUAUCGUUGUGGAUAGAGGCGAUGCGGACUUCGCUGUCAAGAAGGAUGGCGAUCAAGUGCUGAGAUGCAUUGAGCGAGAUUAUUUGCUGCGAGAGACUCCCGCGUUCUUUAAAAGCACUUCGGACGCCCUACGGAAGCUUUUCAAAGACCAUAGCUUGGAGACCAUCUGGGCCAUGGAUGGAUUUGAUGAUGGCACUCUUAAUUAUUGGGACUUAGGGGAUAAUGCGUAUUCGAGAAGGUAUUAACUAGUCAUGGAUGAUGUUUAUAUAUAUGUACAUAUGUACACAUUUUGCCAGAAUUCUGGAUCCGGGGAAAGGCAUGGCAUAGGGAGUUAUGAAAUAUUCUUCUAGCAAUGUUGAAUGUAUGAUGAGCGCAUAAAUAGAAGAGAAAAGCAGAUUGUAAACCACCACAGCCGUUGUCUGUACCUAUUUUCUAUUAUCGAUAUACCGAUAUACCCUGCUGUGUUAUUUCUUUUCUUUUCUUUUCUUUUCUUUUUCUUUUUUUUUUUUUUUUUU